ACUCGUGCACUUCCGGACUGAACCAACCGGAAACCGCCUGCUCACAACUUUUGUCUUCGCUGUUGCACAUCGAUUAGAAAUAUCAGACAUCAUGUCGGGCUCAUCAAACAUUGUUGCGAUGAAGAAAAUCGUUCAGCAGUUGCGCUUCGAAGCAAACAUCAACAGAGUAAAGGUUUCUCAGGCGGCUGCAGAUCUUCAACAGUUCUGCAUUCAGAACGCCCUACAAGAUCCUCUGCUGACCGGUGUGUCUUCAAGCACCAACCCCUUCAGGACACAGAAGGUUUGCUCCUUCUUGUGAGGGUCCAUGAUGGGCAUCUGCCAUUGGCUUUUUCCUGUUCCUGUGACAUUUCUGCUGGGGGAAAAAAAAAGAAGAAGAAAACCACUGCCAUGAUGUGUAAUUGAAGAAGCAGCAGCACGAAGCUGUCCUCUUGCCAGUUAAUACCUCAUGCCAUAAACACAAAAACAAGAACUGAAAGGAUUUGCCGCUCUGGCUGCUUUAUGUCUGUUAUGGUGCAUUUUAAUUUUAGAAGAAGAAUUUAGUUUAAUGUCUCCGCUUGACUCUCGUUCUCACAGCCCUCAGAUUUCUGUUUGAAGACCUCAAACUAAAGUGAAAAAGUGAAAGUGACGUGACAUGUGGCCAAGUAUGGUUACCCAUACUCGGAAUUA